AUGUCCAAAAGAAAAUUACCGUGGCAACCGGCAUCAGACAUCGUUGAUCUCACCGGAGACGACGAUGACGACGAUUCUCAGAACCAUUCGCGGUCCAAGGUCCCCAAGAAAACCCAGUCCUUCCGUUCUUCUCAAGGGCGCGCUACCCUUCCCACACCACCGUCUUCAAGUCAACCCGGAAAUUCCUCACAUCGCUCGAAACAAACACACAGAGAUUACACGCCGAGUCUUAGCCAACUCAGCCAGAGAUCCCACGGCAAUGCCGCACACGAUAGCUGGCUGGGCUCUACUCAGGAACAGGAGGCAGAUAUCGCCCGAGAGAUUGACCUGACAGAGGACUUGGAUGACGAUGUAUAUGACAAUUUUCAACUGUACGGUAUACUCAAUACCAAGAUCGUUGGCUGUCGAUUCUAUGAUGGCCAGGCCACGGUCGGAGAAUACGUGAGGGUCAGGCGGGAGCCCCGUAAUCAGUACGACAGCAAUGCCAUCAGAAUCGAUAAUGUCCUCCGUGAUCAAAUCGGCCAUAUCGGCAGGAAUGUAGCGGCAAAACUGGCACCGUUGAUGGACGCUGGCUCACUCCUGGUUGAAGGUGCUUUGACAGGUCCAAAGACCUACUACGACUGUCCCAUCGGUCUCAAACUGUUUGGCACCAACGACCCCGUUGCAGGUGCAGCUCUGGCCCGCCAGAUGCAAGAUCUGCAUCUGCCCAUUACAGAGUACAACAAGUCAGAAAGAGAACGCAAGAAGCGCCUGCAGGAGUUCGAGAAGCAGCAAAAGGCCAGAGAAAAGGCCGCCGCCGCAAUGCGGAAGCAAGGCAUGACGGUCUUUGACAACGAGGGACCGAACAAAUAUAGCAACAUGGGCGCCCACCCGGGCUUGGGCGCACAGACAGAACCAAGCAUGGAUCAACUUCUCAGUGGGACUGCGGUGUUCAAUCCCCGCGAUGUACAGAGCGUCGUCAACAAGCUUGGAGCCGGGGAAGAGGUGCUUUCGAACAUGUCCAUGGCAGAUCAGCCUAACGAGCUUGCUACGGUGCUACUACCUUACCAGAGACAAGGCCUCCAGUGGAUGCUGGACCAUGAGUCCCCCUCAUUGCCCAAGAGUGCUGAGGAUGUGGUUCAGAUGUGGAAGAAGACGGGCAAGUAUUACACCAAUAUUGCAACCAACUUCUCCUCAAGCAAGGCCCCCGAUCUGGCUAGUGGAGGGCUCCUUGCUGAUGAUAUGGGCUUGGGCAAGACUAUUCAAAUCAUUUCGCUCAUCAUGGCCGAUCCUCAUAAAAAUGGAGAUCCGACCCUUAUCAUUGCACCGCUCUCAGUCAUGAGUAACUGGAGCACGCAGGCCGCUUUGCACGUCAAGAAGAAGUAUGCGCCACGAAUUCUGACCUACCACGGUCCUCAAAACAAGGUAUUGCCGCCAGAGCAAUUGAAAGAGUACGAUAUCGUCAUCACAACAUAUCAAACGAUGACCCAGGAGCUCUUCCCAUACGGCAAGACCACGCCUCAAUCAACGACAGCACCGAAAGGGCUGUUCUCGGUGACAUGGCGACGCAUUGUCCUAGACGAAGGCCACCAGAUUCGGAACCCCAAGGCUAAAAUGUCGCAAGCAGCAUGUACUCUUCGGGCGACAUCUCGCUGGAUUCUGACAGGCACUCCUAUCGUCAACAGUCUGAAGGACCUGUACUCGCAUGUCAAGUUCCUUCGUUUGCCAGGUGGACUGACAGAGUUUGAGGUCUUCAACUCCAUUCUGAUACGGCCACUGAAGAAUGGGUACGAUGGAGCACGCCUACUUCUCCAGGCCCUGAUGUCGACCCUAUGUCUACGACGUAUGAAGGACAUGAAAUUCAUUGAUCUCCGGCUUCCUAACAUCACAUUUCACAAAUAUCCCGUGAAAUUUUUGGCGCAUGAGCAGGAGCGGUACGACGCUUUCAAGCAGGAGGCCAAAGGUCUGGUCGAAGCCGCAAAGGCCAAGAAAGGAGAUUCUACCAUGACACACUUGCUUGAAGUGCUUCUGAGGCUGCGCCAGACGUGCAAUCACUGGAAGAUGUGCGGGGAUGAGAGAGUGAGAAAAUUACUGGAGUUGGUGGAGUCGAAUGAAGUGGUGGACGUAACCAAUUCGGCGAACCGCAAAGCUCUACAGGAUAUGUUGCAGAUACAGAUUGACUCACAGGAGGAUUGUUGCGUCUGCUUGGAUUCAUUGGACAAUCCUGUCAUCACAGCCUGCGCACACACCUUUUGUCGGGCAUGCAUCGAGAGAGUGAUCGACACUCAGCACAAGUGCCCCAUGUGUCGUGCAUCUCUUCAAAACAGCGAGCAACUGGUCGAACCCGCAGCCGGAAUUGGCGAAGGUGACGAGGUAGAUCUUGAUAUUGAUCCUGAGACUACCAGCACCAAGAUCGAGGCGCUCGUCAAGGUGCUCAAGGCAUCUGAUUCGGAUCCUUCCGUCAAGACGGUGGUGUUUUCACAAUGGACAUCGUUCCUCGAUCUGGUCGAGGCUCAGCUUGUCCGCAACGGUUUACAAUUCACGCGCCUCGAUGGUAAAAUGAACUCGACGAGACGUGACGCGGCGAUUGAAUCACUGAAUUCUGACCCGUCUUGCAAAAUCAUGCUGGCGUCCCUUUCUGUGUGCUCUGUCGGCUUGAACCUUGUGGCCGCGAAUCAAGUCAUUCUCGCGGAUUCAUGGUGGGCUCCCGCCAUUGAAGAUCAAGCCGUGGACCGUGUCCAUCGCUUGGGCCAAACUCGAGAUUGCAAGGUCAUUCGCUUGGUCGUAGAAGGCACAGUCGAGGAUGAAGUGCUCGAGAUUCAGGCGAGAAAGCGGAAGUUGGCCUGCGAAGCGUUUGGAGAGAAGGAUGGGGGUAAAAAGAGAGAGGAGAGACGAGCAGGGACAUUGAGGGAUAUCGAAAGAUUGCUGGCCUAG